ACAAAGGCGGGAAAUGGUGUCACCCUGAAAUUCGUAUGUAUUCUGUUCUCAGUCCUGCUGUUAUUCAGCAAGGCAGCUGCGCCUCUUCACUUCUUUCAUCUUCCUAUAACCUCUCAGACCACACAUUGCUUUCAUUUCUUGUUAUUUCACCCAGGGCUUCUACCGCAGCAAUGGAGAUGCCCAAUUCUUAUGAGGAACACCGGCGGCAGCGCGUAGAAGCCAAUAAGAAGAUUUUAAUGGACCUUGGGCUUCAGCAGCUUAAAGAAAACCUUGUACAAACUGUUGCUUCUGAAUCCAAGUCAAAGAAAAGGGAGGUAAAGUCUCCAAAACCAAAACAACAAGGGCCUGUGGAAAGAAGAUGCUCAACACGUGUUUCACGUCUUCCAGUUCCUAUUUAUCGUGAAGUAGAUGACUCUCCCCGAUCUCGGAAAAGUCGAGCCAAACAUGACAGCAAAAGGUUUCUGCAUUCAUCCAUUGCCUCUUAUGAAGCAAGAACACAGGCACAAGAAACUGCUGAAACAAGUAUGAAGGACUUGGGAUCUGAGCAUCCCUAUUUUGUCAAGUCUUUGGUGCGGUCUCAUGUUUCCAGUUGCUUUUGGUUGGGCCUUCCAAGGGGAUUCUGUGUAAAAUACCUACCUGAAAACGAUGUAUCAAUGGUGCUGGAAGAUGAGAAGGGCAAUGAAUGUGACACUGUAUAUAUUGCAACAAGAACAGGCCUCAGUGGUGGAUGGAGAGGGUUUGCACUUGACCAUGAUUUAGAUGAUGGUGAUGCACUAGUUUUUGAGCUUGUUGAACCAACAAAAUUCAAGGUGUAUAUUACCAAAGCAAAAGACUUUGAGUCAGGCACUACAUCAAAGAAGGCCUCAAGUAUGAAUGGCAAUUUGCCAGAGGAAUCUGGUGCUGCUAGAAAAUCGGUGGUGAAGAAGACUUCAAAUAUGAAAUCAGUAAAAAAGAAUUCCCCAAGAGAACAAAAAAAAAUCAAUUCAAAGCGUAAGGGUGAACAAGUCUUAACAUUGGGCAAGGUUACUAGUACAAUGCUAAAUUCAAAGAAGGGAAAUGCUAGCAAGAAGGUACCUGCAAGUCAAACACAAGUUAGAACCAUAACCAUGUCUCAAGCUACAGAAAAUGUAAAUAAUGAUCAAUCUACAAGAGUGAACAAGCGAGGCAGAGCAAAAUAGAGGGUAUUCUUCUUCAUGAUUCAAAGAAUUCUAUUUCAUGAUAUCACCAGAGAUGUGAGACGAGUAUUUGCACAUUUAUGGAAAUUACUUUCAGAAAGCAUGUCUUUUUUGAUCAGGUAAAGUUCAUAAUAUAUAUUUGCAUCAUUGCUAAAAACCUUUAUGGUUGAGAAGCAAAGCCUCUAACUGCAACAUGAGACAUAUCACAUAAACAGACUACUAAUUAAGGCUCUCAGACCCCAUAGUAGGAUCAUAUCAGACCAUGAAACAGAAAAUUUGGCAUAAAGAAUUACCAGAAUCAAAUAUCUAUUAAUAUUUCCUGAGGAGGUUACACGAAAAAGAUUUUGCAUGAACCUCUCUAUCUCAUGGGUUGUCUUUGAUUUCAAUCAUCCAACAUUCAUUUUUUUGGUGGCAAGCAAGCAAUUAUGUUUCAACAGCAAUUUAGAUCUGAGAGCUUAUCUUGGCAUCAAGACAGAAUUUUUUUUUCAAGGCUAUAGCAUUGGUUUGCAUUGUCCUGAUUUUCAGGUAACCUGGAAAUUGUGUGCCCCUGUAAGAAAAUGGAUGUGUAUUGAUUGAGAAAUAAUUCAAAGUCGUGCUCAUGAAAUUAUGAAAACUUCAGCUUCUCAACUGUAUUCACCAUUUUACAAAAUCAACAGCUUGAUUCAUAUAUACUGGGUAAUAUAUUUCGUUUCU